AUGGGUCAUAGGUUAUUAGGAGGAGGUUGUGGUGCAUCAAAAUAAUAAGAUAUCGUAGAAAAAAAAACAUAAGAAGUGCAAAAUGAUUAUAUUGGUUUUGAGAGUUUGGAUCAAAAUUUUAUUGAAAAUUUUAAUUAAAGUUAAGAUUAAAAGGAAAUUGUGAAAAAUAUUAUAGAAAAUAAAUAGCUAGAAUCAUAAUAUAAGUUAUUCAAAUAAAGUAUAUUUGAUUUCAGUUCUAUUAUAGUAUCAAAUAUAAAUCUUUACAAACCAUACGUUUUUGAAUUACUUGAGACUUAUUUAGCUUACUUUAUUACAUAGUGUAAGUAGAAUGAUGAUGAUGAUUCAAAGAAUAUAUGUGCAGAAUUAAGCAAAAUGAUUUCAGAGUUCAAGAAUUAGUUAGAAAAAAAGACAAGUGAUUCUCCAUGCUAAGAUGUUCUUUAUAUGAUAGAAAUCUUAGAAUAAUACAAUAACUAAUCUGAUUCAACUAAAAGCAAUCCAGAUUUGGAUUUCUAUGAAGAUGUUAAAAAAUUUGUAGUUAUAAUAAUUAGUCUUAAACCUAAUGAUAAAUAGUAGUAAUUAGAUUACAAUCAAAGCUAAAUAAAUUAGAUUAUUUUAUAAAUCAACAAUAAAAUUCAUAAAUUUGAAGACUCACCUUAAGGCUGCAUUAUUAAGUAUCUACUGUAGGUUUGGAUAUUAAAAAUUGAAAAAUUUAAAGAAAAAAUGUGGGAAAUUUCGAAUACUGAAGAGUUUCUUUUGUAUAUAUAACCCUUUUAGAACCAGUUCAAUACUUUCUUGAAGAACUUAAAUUUGAAUUAACAGGAUAAAGUUAUUUUUAAUAAGGAAUACAUUUUACUAAAUUUAUAAAAUAUCUGCUUUAAACAGUUAAGUACUAAUAUACAGUUAAGAUUGAAGUACAUGCUAGAUCAAACUAAUAUGUUAAUAACCGAUAAUAAUCAACUUUUCUUGGGUUUAAUAUGUUAAUAUUUGUUUGAAAAUACUCCUUAGGCAGAGUAAACAUACUCAAAGUAAGUUAGUAAUGUAGUGGUAAAGCAGGUGUUUGAAUGUAAUUCCUAUUUCAUGAGCUGUUACUAAUAAAUUAUAAAAGACUAGUAAUUUAUGAAUAAAAUUAUUUAGUUUGAUGGUGAAAGAAAAAAAUAUGUUUCUUUUAUAAUAGAAAACUUAGACUAAUACGAAAUAAAAAUAAGUAACAUUGAAGAAAUACAAAAAUUAAUUUUUUAAAAUUCUAUUAGUAAAUGGUAAACAGACCUAAAAAUAAAGCUCAAGCAGACUUAAAGUUAAAUAUCUAAAAAGUAAUUGCAGAUUAAAUAAAUGUAUGCAAAUUAAUAGUUUUAAAUUUUGGAAGGAAACAACUUCUUUAAUGAUAUAUAGUCAAUAGAUGUGAUUAAUGAAAAUAGGAUUUAAUAAAUUCUAAUUGGAUUAUUAAAUUAAUCAAAAGAUAGAUCUGUUUUAGUUGUUAGCGGAGAGACAGGAUAUGGUAAAACUAGAUUGCUUCAUGAAAUUAAGAGUAUUCUAACUAAUAAUUUAAAUAUUUUUGCUUCUUACUAAAGCUAUCCAAAUUACAUUCCUAUUUUUAUCUAAUGUGAACUACUAAAAAAAUACAACAACAGCUUAGAUUUGUAUUUACUUGAUGAAGGCCUCAAUAAAAAUUAGAUUUCUUACUUAAAAGAAUCAGAAAAUUUAAAAUUAUUCAUUUUUGAUAAUUUUGAAGAUUGUAUCAGAGCAUAUUAAAAUAUUAAUUAAAUUUUAAGCAUAUCUUAGUGGAAGAAUACCAAAUGGCUUCUAUCUAUUAGAAAAGAUAAAUUAAAAGAAUAUAACAUCACUAAUUUAAUACAAACUAAAUGUUAACCAUCGAACAUAAGUUUAAUCGAAUUAAAAAAACUCAAAAGUUAAACUACUAUGGAUUACUUAAAUUAAGUCAUUAAAAUUUCAACUUUGGAUUCAAACGAAUUUAAAAUAAAUCUUUAAAAUAAAAUUUAGUAAAUUUAACAAAAUUUAAAUUUAAGAAAAUUGAUUAAAAUCCCAAUAAACUUGUUUUAUAUCUCAAAGCUAAUCAAAAAUUAAAAUAUUUCACUGGAGAAUAUCCGCUUUCAAUCUGAUAUUUUUGAAUUAUUCUACUAAAAAUUGUUUGAAAAGUAGUCUGUUAAAUUUAUUAACCAAGAAAUACACCAAUAAACAUCGAAAAAAGAUGCAAAUAUUAAAUUAUAGAUAAUCAAUUCUUAUUUUGAAUAUUAUUAACACAUUGCUUUGUUAGCUUUUCUUAGUAGAGAUCAGUAAUCACUUGAAGUAGAGAAGUAGAAAGUGAAAUUUACAUUUAGUGAAUAAAUAAAAAAGCUUUUAAAUUCUAAUAUUAGAGACAAAUUGCUUUAAACAAUAGAAAAAUAAAAUAAUUAAAUCCUUUUAAAUAACUAGGAAUAACACUUGUCAAUUAAAAAUCUAUGCUUAUAUCACUAUUUUGUUGCAAGAGCAAUUAAAUUUGAUUUUUAAAGCCAUGAAUCAAUUUAUAAAUUAUCAAUUUCACAGCUCAAAGAAUUCAGCAUAAAUAAAAAACUUUUUGUAUAUCAUAAACUAAGCAAUAAUUAAGAUUAUGGUAUAAUGUAAACAUUUUUCCAUUUAAUCUAACCAGAGAUUAUGUCAAAAAAUUUUAUGAGCAGCUAUGAAAGUGACAAUGUUUCAGAAAUGAAUAAAUAUUUACAGUACAUCAAAAUGUCAAAGAUUAAAAAAAGUACAGAUUUUAGUGAGAUAGAUAUCGGUGCUUCUAAUUUACUAUCUGCAUUAUUUAUGAGCAACUUUUUUUAUUUCAAUCUCAAUCUCAGCUUUUGUUCAUUUUCAAGUUCGUAUAUCUCUUAGGCAAAACAUCAUUCAGUUAAUCUUGAUAGAUCAAAUUUAUCACAAGCAUUUAUAAAAGACUCAAAUUUAAAUUUAGCAUCUUCAAAUACAUAGUAUGCAUACCAUGACAACUUACCAAAAAUAUUUGAUACCAACAAUUACUUUAAUUUUAAUUAAAUUUGUUUUUCAGAAUCCAAUUUAAUUUAUUCUACAACAAAUGAUGGGUUUUUAAAUAUCUUUGAAUAUAAUAACCUCUAAUUUUAAUUGAAGUAAUCUAAGUAUAUUACUUCAUCUCCUUUGACUAAACUAUUAAUGAGAAAAAAUUAUCUAAUAAUGUCUUCAUUGAAUGUGCUUUUCGUAAUCGAUAAAUAAAAUUUAGAAAUUUAAAAUAUUUUAAAAUUUUCUGAAUCUAUCAAAGAUUUUAGUUUUUCAAAUAGCAAAUCAAACAACUGCAUUAUAAGUUUAGUAAAUAAUCAAUCAUUUUCAGGUGAUAUCACCACCUCUAAAGUUUCUUUGUUGAACAUACAAACUCAAUACCUUGCUAUAUCUAAUAAUAAUAAAUACUUAGCUACAUCUAUGCAAGAAUCUAUUCUAAUAUAUAACUUAGAAAAUUAAUUAAAUAUGAUUACUACAAUAAAAGAUUAACAUUUUGAUCCUAUAUCUAGCAUUGCUUUUUCGAAUGAUUCCAAAUAUUUAGCAACAGGUUCACUUGAUUUAAGCUGUAAGGUUUGGGAUGUAGAAAAAAAUUUCCAAUUUAUUACUUCAAUAGAAGACUGCAAAUCAAAAAUUAUCUAAGUAAUAUUUUCAAAUGACAAUAAAUAUCUUUUUAUAUUAUCAUUUGAUAAAUAUUGCAGGAUUUAUACUGUUAAAGAUAAUUUUAAGUUGGUAUCAACUAUUUAAGUUAACAUGAAAUUAAAUGCUUUCAUUUCUUUUAGCUCUGAUGAUAAAUAAAUAGGAAUAUGUAAUGAUGAUAACAUAUGCCACAUUUACAAUAAUGAUGAAAACUUUUCUCUUUUAACUACAAUUAAAUGUCAUAGAAAUCAGAUAAAUUCAAUAAAAUUUUCAAGCAACAAUAAAUUCAUGAUAAGUAACUCUAGCGAUUCUUCCAAACUUUGGAAUGUAGAAAACAAUUUUAAAGGUUAAUUUAAAAUUCCUGAAAUUCAACAAGCAAUCUUAUAUCAAAUUUCUUAUGAUAGUGCAUAUCUAGCAGCAGUUUUUCAUAAUAAAUCAGUAAAAAUUUGGAAUAUGGAAAAAGGAUUUAGCUUAAGUAAAACGCUAUCAUAAUUAAAUGAUGAAAUAGUUGACAUAUAAUUUUCUUUUAAUAAUAAAUAUCUUUGCAUUUAGUUAAAAUAAGACAAAAUAUCAUUGUAUAGCAUUUAGAAGAACUUUGAAUUACUAUAUCAAUUCUAGGAACCAUUUGAAUAACUUUCAAAUGUUUAUUUUUCACAUAACAGCCAAAAUUUAAUUUUACUAAACAAUAAAUCUAAAUUUUUAUUGUACAAUUCAGAUGAAGGAUUCAAAAAAAAGAUAUAAUUUGAAUUUGAAUAAGCUGAUAAUGUGGCUAAUUCAUUCGAUUGCUAAUACUUUGCUUUUAGUUAUAAUAACAUCUGCAAAAUUUUCAGUAUUGAUAAAGAAGUUUAGCAAAUAUGCAGUUUGUAAAAGCAUACUAAAAAUAUUUCUUUCAUGACUUUUUCUAAAGAUAAUUUGUACUUUGCAACUGCUUCAUUAGAAUCACUCGAAAAUCAAAUAUAUUUUUGGAGUGUAAAACAAAACUUUUCUCUAAUAUUUUAAUUAACACCUCAAAGCAAAAGUUUAAGUAUGAUGUAAUUUUCAAGUGAUUCUCAAUAUUUUAUUACAGUAGGUAGAGACUAGAUUUGUGUUAUUUGGGAUAUUUAUAAAGGCUACUCAACACCACUAAUAUUAAAUCUAAAUAGCAAUUAAAUAUGUUCUGCUAUUGAUAUUACAUGUGAUCAAAGAUAUUUGGCUUUAGCAAGUAGUAGUAAUAUAGUUUGCUAUAAUUUACAGGGAAUACAGCUUCCGAUAAAUGAUUAAUAAGUUGUUAAUAACAAAGGACAUACUCAUUCAAUAAAUUUUGUAAGCUACUCUCAUGAUGGUAAUUAUCUUGCGACUGGUUCUUGGGAUAAAUCUUUUAAAAUUUGGGAAGCUAAAUAAGGAUUUGAGUUAGUUAAAACUAUUAAAUAACACACUGAUCCUAUAAGCUGUUUAGAUUUUUCAAAAGAUGGAAAAUUUUUAAUAUCUGCCUCAGUUGAUAAGACUUGCAAGAUCUGGGAUCCAAAAGACAACUUUAAGUUAAAAGCAACAAUAAAGAAUCCUGAUUCAAUACAAUCUGUAGUUUUUUCUUGUGAUAGUAAAUAUUUAGCUUUGUCUUCUUGGGAUGACACCGUAAGAGUAUAUGAUGUUUUAAAUGAAUUUUAAUUAUUAAAAGAGUUAUAAAACCAUUCAAAGUAAGUAAAUUCAGUUUAAUUUUCAAGUGACGGAAAAUAUUUAGUAAGCACUUCAGAUGAUAAAACUAUUAAAAUUUAUGAUUUACAAAAAGAUUUCUAGUUAUUGCAAAAUAUAAAUGCUCAUACAAGAGCAGUAACUGCUGCCAAAUUUUCAUAGAAUAAUACAGAUUUAGCUAGUGUUUCUAAAGAUUAAACUUGCAAAAUCUGGGAUGUUUAAAAUAAAUUUUAAUUAAAAGCCACAUUAAAAGGACAUACAGAAUAAGUGUCUUAGUGUGUUUAUAGUCCAGAUGAUUGCUUUCUUUUAACUUGUUCUUGGGAUAAUACUUGUAGAAUCUGGUCAAAGUCAUAAAAUUAUUAGUUAAUUAAUUUAAUAAAAGCUCAUUCUUCCCCCAUUACUUCUAUUACCUUUUCUCCUGAUUAGUAAUAUUUAAUUACUAGCUCUGUUGACAAUAAAGCAAAGGUUUGGUCAACAAAUAAAGCUUUUAAAAUAAUCAAGUAGAUCUGUUCCUUAGGUGAUUUUAAUAAUGCAAUUGGCUAAGUUUCAUAAAAUAAAAAAUACUUUUUGAUUAAAUAAGUAAAUCAAGAUUGGUAUGUUAUCUCUUUUACAGAAGGAAAUGUUGUUGCAUAAGGAAAGUAAUAUUUAGAUGAAGUAACUCUAUCAAAAUAUCAAUUAGACUAAAUUUAAUUAGAAGAUAUUACAAACCUGCAAUUAUUUGACUACUCUUUUGAAUUAUGA